AUAAGUUUUACUGAACAAUCUAGAUUUCACUCAGCAUUACCAUUGCGUUUAAACUCUCAAGGAAUAUAUUUUAUAAUUUAUAUAAUAGGAUUUUGAUCUAAGACCGCCUCGAUACGAUUCAACUUCUCCUGUUCCGUGUUCUUCCCGUAGAUGCGUGGGUGGUGAUUUGAAGAGAGAGAUACAUUGUUGGGAAGACAUGGGAAGGCUAUUUGUGAUCAAUCUUGAAGGAAACAUUUAUCGCUGCAAACAUUGUGAAACACAUCUUGCUCUCUUUGAUGACAUUAUUUCUAAGUCUUUUCACUGCAGACAUGGAAAGGCUUAUCUAUUUGAUAAAGUUGUGAACAUCACAGUGGGAGAAAAAGAAGAGCGGAUGAUGAUUACAGGAAUGCACACUGUUGUUGACAUAUUUUGCGUAGGGUGUGGUGCAAUUGUGGGGUGGAAAUACGAGGCUGCACAUGAGAAAACCCAGAAGUACAAGGAAGGAAAAUUUAUCCUUGAGAGGUUUAAGUUGGUUGGUCCUGAUGGAAGCAACUACUUUGCAAGCCUGGAAGCCCAGGUAGGCGGAAGUGACCCUGAUGAUGCUUGAUUAACCUUCCUGCUAGUGAAAUUGAUUCACUGGUUUAUAAGUGUACAUUCUCUGCAACCUAUUUUCUUAUUGGCAUCUAUUAUUUGGGUUCUUUAAUUUCUCAUUCAAGCACCCCCAUCUGGGUUUUCAAAUUGGUAUUUUAACAAUACUUCCAAUUUGCAAAUAGUUGAACAGUUUAAUUUUCUGGAUUCUAUUUAGAGUUACCCAAAUAUCUGUAAAAACUUGAAUGCCUGUGAUGCAAAGGAAAAAGAUGGCCUUUUCCCUCC